AUGAACGUUCGCCGCUACCCCCUCCUUCUGUGGUCCCCAACCGGUACCGAGAUCAUCGCCAGCGUCGGCUACACUGGUCUCGUCGUCGGUCUCACCAUGUGGUCCUCCUCUGUCGACGGGAACAUGAGAUACCUUCAGCCGAUGGGCCACGCGGCUUUCGCCCAACUACCCCUCGUCAUUGGUCUUGCUGCACGUAACUCGGUCCUCAGCGCAGUGACUGGAGUAAGCAUCCACGCACUCAAGGGGCUGCAUCGCACCGCUGGCCGUGUGUGCGUCAUCACUGCCACUGUCCACUCGGUUGGAUGGCUCAUUAAAGGCUUCAAGCCGACUUGGAUGUUCGUCACCGGUCUAGUGGCUUGGAUCCCUUUGCUCCUCCUCUUCAUCUCAUUCGCCCCAAUCCGACGCGCUGCAUACGAGGUCUUCAUCGCCUUCCACAUUCUCAUGAUCGUCGCGACGCUUGUGGGUUGCUGGCUCCACGCGCCGUCCAUGUACUUUAAGGCGUGGAUCAUCGCGGGUCUUGGCCUUUGGGGUCUGGACCGCUUCGUCUCGCUCGCCCGCGUCGCAAUCAACACUGUCUCAAACGGUAAACCCGAGGUCGAGGUCCUGUCUUCUGAAGCCGUCCGCGUCACAGUUCCCAGCCGCCUCAAGUGGAAGGCCGGACAGCAUGGUUACCUCCGCACCGCCACACAGACACACCCUUUCACCUUUGCCAGCCCCACCGAGGCCGUCUUCCUCAUUCGUGCCCACGCCGGCUUCACGCGCCGACUCCUCACCAGCACACCAAAGAUUGGUCUGGAUGGUCCCUACGGCACACCGCCCGAUCUGAACGCCUACGCCACCACACUACUCAUUACCGGCGGCACCGGUGUGAGUUAUGGUCUUGCUCAGCUUGCCUCCAUCAUUACCGCUGCACGCAACCACACCUCUUCCGCAGCACAGGUUCGCCUGGUCUGGAACGUCCGCUCUGCAUCACAGAUUGAAUGGAUCGCCCCACUCCUCAACGACGCUCUUGCACGCGGCAGCGCCUACGUCAGUGUCGCAGUUGACGUUUACGUCACCCGCUCCCAUCUCUCUGACGAACCUGGAGAUAGGACCGAGACACCUGGUCCCUCACCUCCCGAGACGCCUGGAAACGUCACUCCCCGCGACGGCGCCUCAACCCCCGUUCCUGGCAUCACGCCGCCACCAGCUGCCCUCCUCAACAAGUCGGCGCUUAUCUCCUGCGCCACGUUUGGCUCCGUGUCGAUCUACUCACAAGCCUGUUCGACUUCCCUCUCCCUUCCAAAAUUCACCGAAGUGGACCUCGAGAAGGGCGAAAUUGAAAUUACCAGCGUGGCGUCGAGUUGCUCAGGCAACACCACCCUCGCCGGCGACCUCGACAACCUCGACAAGUGUUCCGUCAACUUUGACAGGCACCCGCCCUUCGGCUCUCUGGCCGGCCGGGACAUCUUCGGCCUCUCUCCUGCCGCCGCACUCGUGACCACCCUCCACCGCGGACGGGGCGAUGCAGAGACCCUCCUCCGCGCGGAUCUUGCUUCCUCGGAUGGAGGGGUGGCUGUGGCUGUGUGUGGGCCGAUGUCGCUCGACCGCGACGUCCGUCAGGCCGUACUGGCUGUCAACAGGGUGAGCAAUGCUCUGGAUGAUCAACCACCCGUAAGCUUCUUCAGCGAGACUUUCGGCAUGUAG